CUCGGUCCAGAGAAGAGAAAGACUGCUUAACAAUAUGGAUAGAUCCGCGGAGGAAACGCCAACUCGGCGGAGCUCUUCACCACACUACUCCCGCCCGAUCACCCGAAUCUCGCGCGCCUGCGAACAGUGCCGUGCUCGCAAGGUUCGAUGCAACGGUCACACGCCCUGUUCGAGAUGCCAAUCGAGGCGUUCUCGAUGCGAAUAUCGGCUGCCGAAGCAGAGUUCACGCAGCAGCAAUCUGGCUUCGCAGGCUGCUGCUGCGGUUGGUGAUCUUAGUAGCACUACUAGUCCCGCCGGUAGCGCCUACCACGUCACCGGGGAUCCAUUGCCUAGUUACAAAGGGCAUACCGACCCAAUCCAACUCAAGCGACAGCGGGAGCUCCGCGCAGGGAUUGGAGUAUCAAAUGUCGAUACGGGUGCAUUCCAAUUCUUCGGGCCUUCGUCACAAUUUUGCUUCAUCCAACGCCUACACGAGCGCAUUCAGCAUAGGGGCACCGAAGCUGCUGUCGGCUCGGGCUCCUCCGCCGCCGAUGGCGUGCGGAGAUGGAAAUUAGAACAAUUUCUGUUCCCCAUGUCAACCGAAGCCAGCACCGCAAAGUGUCAACCCGACGCAUGUUUCCCUCGCGAACUAGGCGAUUCUUUCAUUAGCGCCUAUUUCGACAUUAUUCACCCACAAGCGCCAGUGAUCGCCUAUUCCGAUGUCCUGGAAUCAUGGCAAAACCUCUGGUUACCCCCGUGGCAGCGGCAGGAGGUAAAGGGAGACGAUAUCCUGUUCAUGGUGCUAGCUAUCGGAGCAAGAGUGUCGAGUGUCCAAGGGCAGCAAGACAUUUCGGCAUCAGAAGGUUGGGCAAACCACUUUUCGCACAAGGCUGUGGAGCUGAAUGCCAUGGCCGACGAUAUUUGUCUUUCCACGACUCACUUUUUUCUUCUCCGGGGGAUCUUUGCCUACCAGCUGAUGAGAUCAAACGAUGCAUAUCUUCAUCUCGGCACUGCGGCUCGUAUGGCCAUGGCUUUAGGGAUUAAUCGCCUGCAGGUUGUCGACGGAGCGAAUCCCAAGGCUCAUCGCUUAAGAUCCACCUUCUGGACAAUAUACGCACAUGAACGCUCCUGCGCGUUGUACACCGGCCGCCCGUCGAUUUUUCGCGACGAUUUGAACGAUGCAGCGUCUGUGGAGGACCUAUCAACUUCAAUUUCCCCCGAGAGCAUCGAAAACAGAAAGUAUCAAGAGCCAAUGACCGCAUGUGCCUUCAUCCGCGCGAUGGCCAGGCUCGGACACAUCGCAGAUCGCGUCGCCGUGCAGAUCUAUUCUCCCCACCGCGCUUCAACCAUGGCGAAUGUCGCCGAGGCCCAUGAGGCCAUCAUGGAAUGUGAUCUAGAACUGCAGUCGAUCACGAAUGACCUUCCCUCGUAUCUGCACUUCUACGACUCCGGGGCACCCCUCGGGCAGGGAUGGCAGGAAGUCCAGCGCAUGGCCUUGGGGAACAGCUACCAUUUCGUCCGCAUGCUCAUGUAUCGACCGGCGCUGGUGUUUGCGACUUUCUUUGACACUCGGGCGAGCGCUCACAGUCAUGCAGUAGGGCCCAUGCAGCUUGAUCGGGCAAUUCACGAGACGCUCCACAGCGCCACCAGCCUCGUAGAACUCAACCACGACGUCUAUUUUCGCCGGCACCCGAGUGCGAAGUUCGACGGCUCCUCCGGUACGCUGUUAUUAUCCGCGUGCGCGACUCUGCUUUACGACGUCCUCGAUCCCAUCAUCACGUCUGAUCAUGCGAAGGCCAUCUUUAGCACGGUCGAACUCGCCAUCCAGUGUCUCGAUGAAAUGCAACAUGCGGGUCCCAUGAGCGGCAAAGCGCUCAGCCUCGAAGUGAUGGAAAUUGCUAAAAGCACGAUUCCCUCCGCCGGUGAAGACACCGAAAUCAGCGAGUAUCUCCUUGGUUCAUUUCCAUGGCUUCAACCUCGAUCAUAUGGUCCUCAGUCUGGAGCCGGUCCCUUUCCGCUCGCGCAUGCAGAGACUUCCGGUGUGCCCACUCGCAUGCCCGGUGCAGCGAUCCCAAUGGAUCCAAUGCCUUUGGUGGCUGCUCCGGAGGCCAAUUACAUGUCGCAUUGGCUAGAGGCUGGGUUCGAGCCGGAAGAAAUACCGAAUUCCUUGUAUUGAUUCACUUCAUGGCUAUUUGGUUUUCUUUUGCUUGUACAUGCCUUGUGGAGUAGGUAGAUAGAUCAUGCGCGAAAUUCGGAAAACGUUCUUC